AUGCAGCACAUUCGCUAUAUCAAUGCCUCCUAUUACCCUAGUUGGCGGAUUUACAGGGGACAAAUUCCAUCGUCGAUGGAUCUCGACCACAUAACACACGUGUUCUAUGCAUUUUUGAGGUUGGCAACCCAACCUAUCCAACUAAUUGACACCGCACUGGCAAGUGGGUUAGUUCAAGACGACGGCAAUGUCUUUCAUCUGGAUGCCAAAGCGGACCUGGAAUAUCCAGCCGACGGCGUCAAUGGGUGCCUUCACGCAUUCAAGGCGCUGAGGCGCCAGCGGUAUCCACACCUCAAACUGCUCGUCUCCGUCGGAGGGGGAAGUGGGAGCAAACCCUUCAAGGAAGUGGCGAAUCGCGUUGAUCGUCGCGUUCGCCUCGGCCAGACCCUCCGGGAGUUUGUCGAUCGCUUUGAGCUCAACGGAGUGGACCUGGACUGGGAACACCCAUCCAGCCCGGCGGAGGGGCGGGACUAUGUCCUGCUCUUAGAGGAACUGCGCAGGAACCUCCCGGCUCCACAGUACAUGCUCACGACCGCUCUUCCGGUGGGCGAGUGGUGCCUCAAACACAUCAACGUGGCCAAAGUAGCCGAACACGUUGAUUUCCUGAACAUGAUGUGUUAUGACUUUGCGGGGCCCUGGACGGAGCUAUCGGGUCACCAGAGCCAGCUCUACGCGCCCUCGUCUCCGCAUAACGCCUUUUCCAAGCGUUCUGGCCACGGCGCCGUGCAAUACCUGCGCGCGCGAGGCGUUCUAAGUAGGAAGAUCGUUCUCGGAGUGCCCGUGUACGGACGGUCUUUCUUGGGUGUGGAUGGGGUGGGACAGCGCUUCAGCGGCCAUGCCGGGGAAGGUGGCACGUACGAGUUUAGCGAACUGCCCUUGUCCGAUGCGCAGGAAUUUGUGGACGAGGAGUUGGGUGCGGCGGGUUCGGUUGGCAAGGAAAGUGGCUUCGUUAGUUACGAUACUCCCGACACUGUCCGACUCAAGGCGCAAUAUGUCAAGGUCAAUGAUCUCGGGGGUCUUUUCUAUUGGACUGCCGUGGCCGACGCCACUGGGCCCCGAAGUCUGGUCCAUGCUGGAUAUCAAGUGCUGAAUGGUGUCUAG